AUGCCGGCUCCGUCCCGGCCGGCGGGUGCCCUCUUCCGCAACCUCGUCCGAUCAAGUCAGCGGCCAUCGACCUUCCCAUUGCUGGCGAGCCGCAUCACCACAACCUCUGUCGCGCAAUCACCUACUCCUCGAUGGCACUCUACAGCUUCCUCGUCCAACAACUCGUCACAAAACUUCUCCUCUGUCAACCCCGAUGAGGUCUCACACUUCAAUGCCCUCGCCGCCGACUGGUGGGAUCCUCACGGCUCCUCCAGACUGCUUCACCUCAUGAACCCUUUACGUCACGACUUUAUCCGUGCUUGUCAUCGCACCGACCCUGAUUUUCCCACUCGAGAUCUCACAUACCUUGAUAUUGGCUGCGGCGGUGGUAUCUUUGCUGAAAGUGCUGCUCGUCUACCGACUACACGCCAUGUCACAGCUAUCGAUCCGACCCCCGAAGUGCUCGCCAUAGCACGCGCGCAUGCCCGGAAAGACCCUGGUCUUCGCUCGAAGCUCGAGUACCGUCAGACGUCCAUCGAGAACCUGCCCAUUCCUAAGACACCGCAAGAGGCUUACGAUGUGGUCUCGCUGUUUGAGGUUAUUGAGCAUAUUGAUGCUCCAGGCGCAUUCCUGGAAAGGGUGCACCCAUUUGUUAAGCCCGGUGGGUGGCUUGUUAUGAGCACGAUUGCGCGGACUUGGAUGAGUUGGUUCACCACCAACUUUAUGGCCGAGGAUGUUCUGGGUAUUGUUCCCAAGGGAACGCACGACUGGAACAAGUAUCUUAAUGAGGAAGAGCUACGGACUUUCCUUGCAGGUCGAGGCUGGAGUCAUCCCAUGGUGCAGGGUGUUAUAUAUGUCCCUGGACUGGGCUGGAAGCAGGUUGAUGGCAGCGAGAAGGUUGGAAACUACUUCUUCGCAGUACGAAAAUCCGAGUCCUAG